AUUGGUCGAAAACUAUCUGAAACUGGUCAAAUCAUAGUCAGUUCAUAAAAAAAAAAAACCUGACACAUUUCAUCUAAAACUGUCAGAUAUGCCUAUACAAAAGUACAAGCUACAAACUUUCAACAUGUUUUAGGUUGUGAAAUUUUUGAAAGAGUUAGAAUGGAGUUUUUACAAAGAAUUUCUAACUUCCACAUUUUCUGAGCACCAGCAGAUUAAGCGAGUUAAUGCUGUCAUACUUUGUUAGCCAGUCUGGUGUUUGAGUAACAGCCGUUUCAUUUAGUGCAGACUGAGUUGAUGUCCUCAUGAGGGAUUUCUUGUCAAGUAACAGGCUGUAGAAGUGGUUGUUUCGCAGUCCAGCUGCCAGAAAAGCUAGGAGUUUCCUGAUUGUGCUCAGGUGUGGCCUUCCUCAGAAAGUUCAUUGUACUGUAUUACAUGUAUCCUAAAAGAAUUUACAGUCAAACUGAAUAAACGGCAGUGUCUGAGAUAACCCUGAGGCAUUAUCUCACUGUGCUGUCACUGCCAAUAUUAACUCCAGGCCUUGAAUGGGGAGUUUUUAUAGAUGACUGAAGAGAUCCUGUAAUUUAGCGGAUUUCAGUUAAUAUCAAACUUACUUUGAAGGGUUCAAAGAUACAUCAACCAACUGUAUGUCAGUAAUCGCACUGUACCAAAGUUCUUUUCCUGGGAGUGUACUGCUAUAACUGAUGAGUCAUUUCAUGCUUUGACCAGAGCACUAUCACCAUGAUCUGAUUCAGUGCUUGCAUCAGCCCAGUGGACAGACUUUCAUUUCAGUGGUUGUGAAGCAUUUCCAGGAAUACUUAGGUUGAGAAGGUGGUUGGAUUCCUCAGAUGAGCCCGAAACUCUCCAUAGGCUCUGUCUAGCCGUAGAAAUUGAUCCAUUCAAUCACAACUGCAUUUUGGAGGUUUGUUUUUCCACAUUGUUUUUUUUCUCACAAUAAAAUGCCUCUCAAUCUGUUGCCAAUUUAUGAAAAAGUCGAUGUUUUAAAUUAUAUAUUACACCAUUGUGUAAUGCAAAAGCAAGCUAUUAUUGAUAACCGUUUAAGAUCAGUUUAGUUUCCCCUGUAAUGGUCUCUUGCUCAAUCUUCCAAAGAAACAAGUAGGGCUGACAAUAUCAUCUCAUCAUCACCCUGCUUUUCUUGAGAAACAGGGAUGUACCAUGGGUGACUUAACCUCAGUGUGCUGCUCUACAUCUUAUACAUCAUAUAUCUAACACCCACUUCCGUUUUUAAUUUCCAUCAUUUUUAUGUUGCUUUCUUGGUUAUAGCUUGCCUUGUUUCAUUAAUACAUAGGCAAUAAACUGAGUUGAAAAGAGUAUUCAUAAUGAAGCAUGAGUUGUGUCAAAGGAUUAAGUCAUUAAAGGAUGAAGAGGCUUCUGAGGACCAAAUUUUGAUAAGUGCUCUACUAUGAGAACUGAAUUCCAUAGAUGGUGGCAUCUCCAGGUGUCAUCUAUGGGCUCAGUUCUUUUGGCAUGGUACUGGUUUUUCAGCAUUACUGCACAGCACUAAAGAAUAGAAAUCAUGACCACGAAAAAGCGUUCGUUUACAACUCAUUGCUUUUGUUUUUGUGUUUGAGUAUAUUGUUACCUUUCUUCAAAGGAUGCAUAAGGAGUUAAUUUGAAAUUGCAUAUAAUAUGACCUUUAGUAAAAUACACACAUUUUUUAAUUUUUUAGUUUAUAAAAGUUAAUGAUAAGCAUAUUAUAUGUUGUUAAUAAAGGGAAUCACAGUUAAUUAUUUUCCUCUGUAAUUUAUUAACUCUCUUAAUAUUUUGUAUGACUUUUAAGUUAUAGAGUUCACAACAAAAGAAGUACAAGGGCUGCCAUGCUACAUAUUUAACCCACUCGUGUUGACCUGUUUUCAGCUCUCAUCUAGUUCCAUAAAAUUUGCAGCCAUGGUCAUGGCAGCAAGUUAGAUUAUCUACAAAAAAUAUUGAUCAGAUACAACAGCCAACAUCCUUUUCAAUAACAACAGUAUGGGAAUCUAAGAAAAUAUCCGGCUAUAUCUAUUCAAGUAUAGAACAGCAUGUUGUUAUAUGGACUUUUAGGAGACUUAAUCAUAGAUAGUUCUAAUAGACCAGUGCAGGUUUAAAGUAGUUCUUUUGAGAUAUCUGUAGUGUCUCAAAGUCUUUCUGAGAUAUGCUGUGCACUGUACACAGGACCCUUCUGACAACCUCUGUUAGCUCCACGACAGGACUGUACACCCUUUAUAAUCCCCCCCAGGAAAGUUCACCCUCAGUCCAAACCCCGUUCUGGGACUGCUUCCAUAGUGGUCGGGGUGGAAAUUAAACCACAGGGACCAAAGAUGCCAUGGCUGCUGAAUUUGCCCACAUCUACCACAUGGAUUGAACAACAGCAAAGGAGAAGAUCCAUAUUGUUUGUGUUCUUCACUAUCAUGGUUAAAUCCUACAUUUCUGGCCUCCAGAUGUGGCGGUGUAUAUAAUGUGGUGCUGAUAGGCAGUUAAAGACGGCUGGUAUUGUACCACUGCAUAAUGGAAACAUUGCUAUGUUGUAACAUGUAACAAAGUAAUAUGUAUGAGAAAAUGAAGGCAUAAAGAGGAAAUGAGUUAAGAUCAGCCGACACAUUGAUGCCUUACGGGCAGGUUCAAAUUAUCUUUGCCUGGUAUGAAACCUGUUUGCUGAUUAAAAAAAGAAAAAAACAAAACUGUGCUUCGUUGUUGUUGCUCUAUUCUUGCCUUCGGUAUUAGGAAAGAGAUGGCAAUACCAUAAUUAUCUCUUAUCAGGGAAGCAAUGAUAAAAAAAACACCCACAAAUUCCGCACCUCAGCACACUAUUUUUUUCUCAUGAUAGGUAUCUGCUGAUGCAUAUUUCUGUUUCUGAAAUAAUAAUAAUUGAACAAAUUAGUAUUCAUUCCUUGUUAUCACAUGUGUGAUAGAUGUGGGAUACAAUAAGGUAUCUGCCAUGUGGCCCAACGAUUACAGUAUUCAGGCAGCAGGAAAAACAAGUAGGAUAAAUCUAAAUCCUGAUAAUGUUUUAUGAAUGCCCCCUGUAGAUAAGCACUCCCCCGCCAAUAUUCCAGAUAUUCUAAUUUCUAGUUCUAUGUUAACUGAUAUAAUAUUAUUGAUAUUGAUUUAUUCAAGUACUUUACUUAAGUACAUUUUUGAGGUGCUUGUGCUUUACUUGACUUUUUCUCUGCUAAUUGUGAUGUUUAUUGGAUCAGAUUAUAAAAUAUGACCCAUGUUUACAGAUUAAACAACCCAACAAGGUAGUUAAAAUUAGCUCCACUUCAAUCACCUCAAACAUUAAAAUUACGCCUACACAUUAAUACAGCAGUACUUACAACCCAAUAGUAUAAAUAUAAUAGCAUACUCUAACAGGGCCAUUUUUAUGUUUAUUGAAUGUUACUGGUGUAUGUAUGUAUGUUACUGAAGUUAAAUUUUAAAUACAGGACUUAAGUGGAGUAUUUUUACAUUUUCGUAUUGCCACUAUACUUAAUUAAAGAAUCUGAAUACUUCUUCAACCACUGGUUAUUUUAGCUUUUCUAAGAAGAUCCAUUUGGCCUUUGCAUCGAUCAUUUGGCCCCUGAAAAACUUUCAAGUCUCGACCCUGAAAUCGCUUCUUCCUAAUUUUUGAUUGACAGUGUAUCAGCCAAUCAGAGUCAUAUACAAAUCCACACAAACCCAAAUCUCCUUUCUCAUUGGCUGUUAGUGGCCGUCGGUCAGCGACGUUAGGACCUUCAUCCAACCAAUGGUUAGGUAGUUUUUCGUAGAGGAUGAGCAACAGGCCGAGCCCCUGCUGACCGUAGCACAACGAGCGGAGUUAACCCUGUUUACAGUUAGACAGCAUUGCCAGUGUGAAGCUUUUAUAGUUUAGUUUUGUCCCUUGUUUGUUGAACUGGGGGUAGGUAGCUGAAGAUAACUGUAUUCACGUUGUUUUUUUUAAAUACAAUAACCAGAUUUGUUCGAGGCCGUGGCAUGGACGAGGUACGGCCUACCAGUGGUGCUCAAGCCCACGGGCUGGUGCCGCUGUUUCCUCCCGGACUGCAAGCUAUCUACGGGGAAUGUCGGCGACUUUACCCCGAACAAGCCAACCCGCUUCAAGUAACGGCUAUUGUAAAAUACUGGUUAGGGGGACCAGACCCGUUAGACUACAUCAGUAUGUAUAGGAAUAUGGGCUGUCCAGCUCAGGAUAUCCAGGAGCAUUGGCAUUAUGUCAGCUUUGGACUGAGUGACCUGUAUGGGGAUAAUAGGGUUCAUGAAUUCACAGGGGCAGAUGGACCCAGCGGGUUUGGCUUUGAGCUCACCUUUAGACUCAAAAGAGAGGUGGGAGAGACGGCACCACCAACUUGGCCAGCUGAACUCAUGCAAGGUUUGGCUCGCUAUGUGUUCCAGUCAGAAAACACAUUUUGUAGUGGCGACCAUGUAUCGUGGCACAAUCCGUUAGACAACAGUGAAUCUCGUAUCCAGCAUAUGUUGCUCACAGAGGACCCACAGAUGCAACCAAUCCAAACGCCGUUUGGCUCAGUGAGCUUUCUCCAGAUUGUGGGUGUAUGUACAGAGGAGCUACAGGCAGCCCAGCAGUGGAACGGCCAAGGCAUCCUGGAGCUGAUGCGCGGAGUCAGAGUAGCUGGUGGCCCCUGGUUAAUCACAGACAUGAGAAGAGGGGAGACCAUUUUUGACAUCGAUCCACACCUACAACAGGAGAGAGUAGACCAAGGUAUCGAGACAGAGGGCUCUAACCUGAGUGGGGUCAGCGCCAAAUGUGUGUGGGACGAUCUGAGUCGACCGCCAGAGGAUGAGGAGGACAGCCGAUCCAUCUGCAUAGGAUCACAGCCACGCAGGCUUUCAGACAAAGACACAGAGCAGAUCAGGGAGACCCUGAGAAAAGGACUGGAGUUUAACAGCAAAGCAGCACUACCACCCAUCAACAGCCAGAGACAAAGCCUUGAGAGACCUCAGAGUCGGAAGGACAGUUUGGAGAGUGAGAGCUCAGCAGCCAUUGUUCCACAUGAGUUGGUCCGAACCCGUCAGUUGGAGAGUGUCCAUCUGAAAUUCAACCAGGAGUCAGGCACGCUGCUGCCCCUCUGCCUGCGGGGCCGGUUGCUUCAUGGGAGACAUUUCACUUACAAAAGUAUCAAUGGAGACACAGCCAUUACAUUUGUGUCUACAGGAGUUGAAGGAGCUUUUGCUACUGAAGAGCAUCCAUAUGCAGCCCACGGCCCCUGGCUUCAGAUAUUGUUGACUGAAGAGUUUGUGGAGCAGAUGCUUGGGGAUUUACAGGAACUUAACACUCGAGAGGAGACAAAGUUACCAAAGGAGUACAGUUGGCCAGAAAAGAAGCUGAAGAUCUCUGUCCUACCAGACUCUGUGUUUGAUAAUCCACUGCAAUGAGACAGAGACACUUAAUCAAGAGAAAAUACCAACAAAAAUACCUGCAGACACACACAUCCAGAGUGGACCAUCAUGAACCGGCGGCCUCCCAGAACAUGCAGCGACCCUGAGCUGUCAGGGCGCACAGAUAUGUUGUUCCAACAGUGGACUGCCAGUGACUCUUUCAUCCCUGAAGAUGAUCUGAGGGAUGAUCUGUAGACAUUUGACUGUUACUGCAUUCUCAGACAAGCCCCACUGUUCACAACAUCCUUUCUGCGCUUGAAUGCUUUUGAAAAUGUCAAAUCAGCCUCAAGCCAGCCUGUCCAGAUGGUUGACCUGUUAGAACAAUCAUUAUAGGUGACACACUAGCUGUAGGGUAAAACAGGAUGUUGUCAUUCUUCCAGUAAGGCCAGCCAGGUCCGACAUAUUCAUCACCAGUGCAGUUGAGCAUGCAUCCUGUGAUCACAUGACAUGAUGUCCCAAGCAAUAACAGGGUUGCAGUUCUCAAAAACUAGCUGUAUUUAUUCCAGUGGCCUUAGAAAGGGCAGAAAAGUCUCACAUUGAACCAUUUUAUCAGUAUUGUUUUCAACUGAACUAAUGUGUAUAGUAUUUACAAAUGCUGGACAUUUUUCUCUUAUAUGUUUGUGGUCCUACCAAAGUUAUAACUGUUGGCAGUGCGCUGCCAGUACUGUCUGUGUCUAAAAUGUGUCAUGAUUCUGUAAUAAUGACAUGACAGGCUGAACUAUUAUUAACUACUAUUCACUGCCUGUUUGUCUGGGAUAACCAAACAAGCACCUGAACUGUUUUUAGUUAGAUCUUUGGCAAAUGCUGCAGGUAUAACCACCACUAUCCCUUCUGCCAAGAAUAUGACUCCUGUAUUGACUUUUUUUUUUUUUUUUUUUUUUAAUGUGUCUUCUUUCAGUAUUCUCAUGUUUGAUGAUGCAUGUUGCAGAGUUAUGAAAUGAAAUCCAUCAGGUCCAUUGUAAAUGUUCAAAUACUAGGAAUCUGUCUUCAGUGUCCUCUCUCAAGUGUUGUCUCCAGUGGCCAUAGAAAUAUAAUGUGCUUUUUCACUAGGACCUGCUUGAAAACGAGAUGGAGUAAAAUUCCUCAGUGCCUUAUAUUGGAAAGGACCACACAUUCUCUUCGGCUCUUGCCUUUAGCUCCUGGAUUAUUAAGAAACAUCACUUUGAUUCAAGGCUGCUGCAUUCAAUGGCUUUUUCCUAUACUGUCAUUGCAUUCCAUGUUAACACCAAAACAAAGAAAAGACUACUUUUACUACAAUGUCUUCUUACAAAAAUGUACUCUCAUACAAUCUUAUUUUUGUUUGUUUUUUAUUCACAGUGACAAAUGUAAAGGUUAGACAUCGUCAAUAUGAUAUUUUUUAAUUACUAUCCUAUUGACUGAACUGGCUGAUUGUAAUCCCAAGUGCAUUAAAGAGUGUAGAUAUUUACACAAAUAAAGCUGGAACACUAAUGCAGAAU